CCCAGGGCCCGCCGGAGCCAGCGGGAGCUUGUCCCCAUCGUUUCCUCUCGUCCCCUGCCCGGUCGCCAGCAUUGGUCCCUGCGGCGCGGACGCCCGACGCGGGAGAGAAAGGUCCUGAAGAUGGCAUAGUAACAAAGGCACCUUCCAAUGAUUCAGAGCACCUUUACCCAUGGGUGCCAGCUUGGGCCAGUAACUUCGUGUUGAGCUGAAGGAACUUGUCUAUCGCUUUCCCGAAAACAUCCUUCUCUCCUAAUUCAUGAGCCAGCAGGAUGCGGUCGCUGCGCUUUCAGAACGCCUUCUCAUAGCUGCGUACAAAGGCCAAGCAGAGAAUGUGGUUCAGCUCAUCAACAAGGGUGCCAAGGUAGCGGUUACCAAGCAUGGCCGGACCCCUCUGCAUCUUGCUGCCAAUAAGGGCCAUCUCUCUGUGGUCCAUAUCUUGCUGAAGGCUGGCUGUGACCUCAACGUCCAGGAUGACGGGGACCAGACUGCCCUGCACCGCGCCACGGUCGUGGGGAACACCGAAAUCAUCGCCGCACUCAUCCAGGAGGGGUGUGCUUUGGACAGACAGGACAAGGACGGGAAUACCGCCCUGCAUGAAGCCUCCUGGCACGGAUUCAGCCAGUCAGCCAAGCUGCUUGUUAAGGCCGGAGCCAACGUGCUUGCCAGAAACAAGGCGGGGAACACCGCUCUGCACCUGGCCUGCCAGAACAGCCACGUCCAGAGCGCUCGCGUCCUCCUGCUGGGCGGCUCCCGUGCAGACCUCAAAAAUAACGCAGGCGACACCUGUUUGCACGUUGCUGCGCGCUAUAAUCACUUGUCCAUCAUUAGGCUCCUCCUCAGUGCUUUCUGUUCUGUCCAUGAAAAGAACCAGGCUGGAGACACAGCGCUUCAUGUUGCUGCUUCCCUAAAUCACAAGAAGGUAGUUAAAAUCUUAUUGGAAGCUGGAGCAGAUGGGACCAUUGUUAAUAAUGCAGGCCAGACUCCGCUGGAGACAGCCCGCUACCACAAUAAUCCAGAAGUUGCUCUUCUUCUCACUAAAGCUCCCCAGGUUUUGCGCUUCAGUCGUGGGCGAAGCCUGAGGAAAAAGAGAGAGAGGCUCAAGGAAGAAAGGAGAGCCCAGUCUGUGCCAAGAGAUGAGGUGGCACAAAGCAAGGGCAGUGUCUCAGCAGGAGACACCCCCAGCAGUGAACAGGCUGAACCCAGAAAAGAAGAGGCCAGAGAAGAUUUCCCAUCAGCGUCCCCGGAGCCCAGAGCAAAGGACAACAGGAGGAGAAAGUCGAGGCCCAAGGUGUCAGCCUUUUCAGACCCCACUCCACCAGCAGACCAGCAACCUGGACACCAGAAGAACGUGCAUGCUCAUAACCACCCUAAAAAGAGGAGCAGGCAUCGGUGUUCAUCCCCACCCCCUCCCCAUGAGUUCAGAGCAUACCAGCUCUACACGUUGUACCGGGGCAAGGAUGGGAAAGUAAUGCAGGCACCAAUAAAUGGCUGUCGAUGUGAACCUCUAAUUAACAAGCUGGAGAACCAGUUGGAGGCAACUGUGGAGGAGAUAAAAGCCGAGCUGGGAUCUGUUCAGGAUAAAAUGAAUACAAAGCUGGGGCAUAUGGAGAAUAAGACCCAGCACCAAAUGCGUGUGCUGGACAAGCUGAUGGUCGAGCGACUCUCAGCAGAGAGAACCGAGUGCCUGAACCGGCUGCAACAGCACUCAGACAUGGAGAAGCAUGAGGGAGAGAAACGACAGAUGUCCUUGGUGGAUGAAUUAAAAACCUGGUGCAUGUUAAAGAUUCAGAAUCUGGAGCUGAAGCUUUCUGGAGAUUCUAGGGCCUCCAGAACGAAAUCUACACCAUCUACUUGUGAGUCCUCUACAGGUGCGGAUCAAUCAGUGGCAACUGCAGGUCCAGUAGCAGCUUCCGACAGUUCCCCUCAGGUGGUUAGGCCCAAGGAGAAGGCUCUCAACUCCACCGCUGCCCACAGACUCCAGCAGGAGCUGUCUUCUUCUGACUGUGCAGGUUCCCGGCUGAGGAAUGUCAAGGUCCAGACAGCCUUGCCGCCCUCGAAUGAGGGAGCCAAGUGUGAUCAGCAGGGUGGACCCUGCGUUGACAGGGGCACCCAAACCAAGAAGUCUGGGAAAAGUGGGCAGACGAGGCAUCGAGUCCAGCCACCAGCAUCCAGCAACAGCGGUGGGCCGCUGCAGCCACCAGCAGCAGGCAGCGAGCAGGCAGCUCCUCACGUUCGAGACACAUCCCAGGCUCUGGAGCUUACCCAGUAUUUUUUUGAGGCUGUUUCUACCCAGAUGGAAAAGUGGUAUGAAAGAAAGAUUGAAGAAGCACGAAGCCAGGCCAAUCAAAGAGCCCAGCAAGACAAGGCUACACUGAAGGAACACAUUAAAAGUUUAGAAGAGGAGCUUGCUAAAUUAAGGACUAAGGUGCAGAAGGAAAAUUAGGACCUGGGAAGUGGAACAAGAAAGGAUUUUUAAGGAUUUCAGGUUUUGCAACUGCAGAAUACCUACGCCCAAGGUGUCAAUUAUUGUGCACACAGCAGACUUGCCUUUAAAAAAUCACGACUUUCUGAAAUGUGCCAGACACAUGCUUCCUAUGCCCUGAAGUUAUGAAGACUUCAACAAUUAAACUGAAACUAGGGGGAACUUGCUGAGUUUCAGGUUUCAUUACAAACCCCAACCUCAGUCUAGGUUCAUCUGGAGUUCAGAAGCUCAGAUUAAGCGAGUUCCGCCAAGGAGCUGAAUGAUGUGUGAGCCUAAGCCCGAAAAUUCAGAAUGUAUGACAUAAUAUAAAUCAAAACAAGGAAAAAAAAUCAAUCCCUUGUUAAUUCAAAUUGAAUAGGCAUUCAUAAAAAUUUAAACACACCUCCUGUGCCUAGACAGUCUCUUUCUAAAAGAGCUGUAACUCCAAGAUGCGCUGAAACUUCUCUCGCAAAUUCCAGAUUGCAAAUCCCAAGAUGCUGACAUUGUAACCAGGUGGAAACUUACCAGAUUUUGAGGAGAAAAAGAUUUUCAUGAUGUCACAAGAUCCAGUAUCUCUUAAAAUUAUUUGAAAAGUCAGAAUGUUUUUAAAUAAUAAUUGGCCAAUAGCACUUUUAAAUGAGCUCAAAUGAGAAAGUUUUAAAUCAUUUGAUCAUAGUUUCUGUAUUUUCAGCCAAAAAACUGACUAAUCAUAGUGACUUUAAAGCAGAUAAAAGGAAAAAAUAUUCACUUAACAAUUACCUGAAACUUCAUUAUAGAAUCAAACUCAGUGAUUUUAAGAGUACCUUUCUAAAUUUGAGCUUAUCGGUCUAAAUUUUAUAUGGAAAUAAGCUACUUCUUGAAAGUAUUUAGUUUUGAAUCGAGUUCUCUGAAGAACCUCAAAAGCUUUCCUCUGCUUUACGGUGAUUAUGUCAGGCUGCAUAACUCAGUAACUUGAUUUAGACCCCACUGUCCUCCAGUUUCAUGGAGCUUUAAGGAUUUUGCUUUGAUCCGUAAUGAAUAACCAUAAACACAGAAAAAAAGUUUCAUUGUAAAAGUAGCUUGGGUAUGUUAAACUUUGGAUUUAAUUCUUUUCCACACUUCUUGUCCCUUGGAAUAUGCGAUUAUAUUCAUCUCCUCAGAAUGCCAGGUAUGCAGAGAAAUGUCAGUUCUACUUGUAUAAACACAUAUUAACCAUGAACCUAAUAACUACUGUCCAUAAGUGUGAAUAAGAUGCUGCUCAUUGAGCCAAAGAGAAAACAACGACUUGACAUUGGACACCCAGCAAAACAAAGCAGGCUUUCAAUCCCUUUGUUUUUUUUGCUGAUCAAGCUCACAUUUUUUAUUUUUUAUAGUGACAAUCUAUGGACACAGGCAUUGCUAAUAGUCAUUCAGUAGAUGUGUGUUACUGAUGUUGUUGGUGAGUCCUGUCAAGUCAGUUUUCAACUCGUAGCAACCCCAUGUGACAGAGUAGAACUUCACCAUGGGAUUUUCUAGGCGUAAUCUUUAUGGAAGCAGAUGGGCAGGUCUUUCUCCCAUAAAGCCACUGAGUAGGUUUGAACCGCCAACCUUUGGGUUAACAGCCAAGUACUUAACCAUCAUGCCACUAAGGCUCCUGUGUUACCGUUAUGGAACCUGAAUAUGGAAUUAAUUUGAUGUUAUCUGAAGUGUAUUUUCAUGUUUGUAAACUUGUUCCUAUUUUCUAGGAGACUGCCAGUCCUUCCCGAUAGUCUCUUGUUGCAUCGCUAGCAUAGAGACAGUUUCCUCUUUUCAUUUUCUUACUUGUUCUUAAUGCAGAAUCCCAGAAUUUUAGAGUUAGACGGUACCUUUCUAAAUCCAUCCCCAACAAGAUACCACCUGACCUCUUUGGAGCCAUUCCACAAUAAACAUCACUUUAUCAGGAGCUGCCUGAUACUCAAAGAGAUGAAAUCCUGAGAGGUUCAGUAAAUUGUGUUCCAAACAGGAAUAAUUUUCACUUACCAAAAUAUCUCCUAUUACCUCAAGGGGUAUCCUUGUCAAGGAAUAAUGAAAACAAAUUUUAACUAUCAGAACUAGACCAUUGAGUGCUUUUGUGGGAAGUAUUUUGAUUAUAUACUUCUUGCCAGCAGAAGCAGGCAGCUUAUCAUUGUGAACUGGAUUUUUUUUUUUUAGUUGUGCUUUAGGUGAAGGUUUACAGAGCAAAUUAGUUUCCUAUUCAGUAGUUUAUAUAUAAAUUGUUCCAUGACAGAGGUUGCACUCCCUACAAAAUGUCAGCACUCUCCCCAUUACCACCUUGAGUUCCCCAUUUCCAUUGAUCUGGUUUUCCUGCCUUCUCAUCUUUGCUUUUGGACGCAUGUUAUCCUUUUGGUCUCAUGUAGAUGUUUAUUCUAAGGAGCAUUUCCUCACAUGUGUUAUUUUCUAUUGGCUGAAAGGUGAUCUCCAGGGAUGGCUUCAGUUCCAAGUUAGAAGGUGUCUAAGGGCCAUAAUCUUGGGGGUUCCUCCAGUCUCUCAGGCCGGUAAGUCUGGUCUUUUUUUAAGAAUUUGAAUUUUGUUCGUUUCUUUUCCCCACUCUAAUCAGGACCUUCUAUUGUGACCUCGGUCAGAGUGGUCAGUAGCGGUAGCUGGGCACCAUCUAGUUCUUCUGGUCUCAAGCUGGUGGAUGCUGUGGUUCCUGUGGUCCGUUAGUCCUUUGGACUAAUUGUUUCCUUGAGUCUUUGGUUUUGUUCAUUCACUUUUGCUCCAAUGAAAAGAGAACAAUAGUUGUAUCUUAGAUGGCUGCUCACAAGCUCUUAAGACCCCAGACACUACUCAUCAAAGUGGAAUGUAGAACAUUUUCUUUGUUAUGCCAGUUGACCUAGGUAUGAACUGGAUAUUUUUGUUGAAAUCACAGUUAAGGGAAGAGAGUAGGGAGGAAUGAGAAAAGUCAAAUGGACCUAGUUUGGCAGAUUACAUGGCUCUUGUCCUUGGUAGUCUGUCAAAGAAGAAAAACCAACAAAGCCAAGAAAAUAGAACAGCUAGUCUCCUAACCCAAAGGAGAUGACAGCCUCACAAAACCAAUGCAAUAGAUUUUUAUUUUCAACAAAUAUAUUUGGUCUUUUUGCUCCUUGGCAUUGUCAAAAACUUAACUUCAAGUUCAGUGUGUAUUUCUCUUUAUUUUUUUCCCCCUUGUGCUGUUUGCAAAAAUGAACAAAUGUCACAACUGUACUUUUUCAGGGAAAUGGAACUGUUAACAAUGUAUAUAACUUGUUCUGCAGGUUGUGUCUCAAACUGAGACAGAAACAUUUAAUAGCAGUGGGAAAAAAAAGGUGUUAAACAGAAAAGUUGUAAUAUUGCAGUGCUUUUAAAAAAAUUGUUAGUGCAUUAUUGCAUUACGUAUACUAAGUAUCUGUGAUAGACUGAGUAUAUUACUUCUAAUAUUACUUUUGACUUUAUACCCCAAAAUAAAGGAAGCAACGUUUAUACCUUCUUUUUUGAGUCAAAGGUUAAUCUCCGUGAGAGGCAUGUUAUUUGUCCUCUAUUUUAUUACCUUGAAUUCAUGUCUCAUCCAAAAAUUAAAUCACUGUCAAUGCUAUGGAUGUUAAAUUCCUUGUUUAAAAAAAGUGAAAAGUGUAAAAGUUCAGCCUACAUUUUCAUUUGUGUAGUUGACCAAAUUUUAUAAUUACUGAGAGUGCCUUCACCCAUUCACACUGUACCUUGUGUCUAUAAAAAAUGUAAUCUAGAAUAAAUGCAUCUGCUUUAAAAUAGCAAUCAGAUGCACUGCAUGAAAACAAAACGAACACACUGCUGUAACAUGCCAAGAUUUCUCAGUGCAAACUUGAACAAAUGUUUUGUUCAAACCGUUGACCAUUUGGAAGAUACUGAGCAAAGGGAAGGACAGAACAUUUGUAAUAGCAACAUAAUACGCAAGCUAACAUUAUACUUUUUUUUGACUGAUAAAUUGUUCCUAAAAGGUAAAUACAUUUCUUCUUGUAAAGUGUGGAUUAUAGAAGCCAAUCAGUUAAAUAAAACUUAAAGGAUAAAAUCAAGUGUGUUUUUUUU